CGCUGAGUAAUUUUUGGGUCUAGUCCGGUCACACUGGUAGGUGUGGGUGCGAAAGAUAAAUAAAUAAAUAUUGUUGAAAAUGGACAGGGAAAAGUUGAUUGUGCCCAAUCAAAUUGGCUAUCUGAUACUAAAGGAAGACGGAGCAGUUCUGGAGUCCGGCGGCGAUCUGAAGAACGAUGAGCGCAGUGCAAAUGUGAUAAUGGGAUUGUUGAAUCUCACAGAGAGCAUCGACGAGUCCUUCAUGCCGAACAGCAGCUGCGAGAGGAUCACCAUCGACUACGAGCAGCACUACUACAGCAUCUGCAUGUCCAACCGUCGAAUAUACAUCGUUAAGAUCAGCAAAUCGCAGAACGGCGUCACCACGACCACGAGCUCCUCCUCGUCGAACAGCGUUUAUAACGAUGCCAGCGAUUCCGGGGCGGUGCUGGCUUGAAAUCCGUCUUCGGAUGUCCGGCCCACUUGCAGAUUCUGUUGGCAGGCAACCGGGCAAAGACCCCACAAUUGGCGCACUCCCAUCAUUUACCUAAUCCUCCUGUUUAUUUGUCAAAAAAUACAUCAUCUGUGAGCUCUUGCUCGAAAA